GAAAGGUGUAGGCUGGCUCUAAUGCCAAAUUAAACAAAUAUGGAGCCUAAAAUGAAGAAUGAUGCAAUAAAAUGUUUAAUAUGUUAACGGGUUUAGGAUUAAUUGACAAUAUUAACACGGUUUCUAUUUUACGCGCAUGGAUAAAAUAACUACGCGAAAAGCCGCGUGCAUUGGCUGUGACGUAGCACGUGAACAGCCAGCCAGUAAACAAUAUGUGAAACCAUGUGCUUUUUGAUAGAUUUGUUUACAUUAGCGCUUUGAUCAAUGGUUUAUGUUUGAGCCCGAACGUUCCGAACAUGAUAGUGAGUCGGACUUCGACAUAGGAUUAUCUUCAGGCGAUGAAUUGGAAGAAAAUGUCGAAAAUAUUGCGCGAUUGGGAAAUCGAGAUUGGUGUUUGUGUGGCAACUGCAGACCAAUGGACACGGUAAAAGAAAGUAUCUGUUGUUUAGAAGUAGACCAAAUCGGCGACAAAAUGCAAACCACCAACUUGCAGUGCAUUCUAGAACAUUAUGAUUUCCCGAUUAUAUGUUUGUAUCCAGAAGUGCUCAGGACAGCCCUCGUAGCCAGAGCCGACAUACGACGCGAUGACUACACAGAACCAGUACCAAAUAGGCUGUGGCGAGAUCGUCAGGAUUUUCUCAGUGUAGCAUUUUUAUGUUGGUGAAGUUGUCACACGUUACUACGCAACUAUUUGUCAUAAGUGCACACUUUGAUGUUCAAUUUGGUAUAAUAAAUAUAUGAACAAGA